UAUUUUUCUAUGUGCGAACUCACACAGGGAUUGUUAAGCAAAAUAUUGGAAGUGAAUACAUUAAAAGAAGAUUGCAUGUUGUUGACAAUAAUUUGCAAACAUAUUUGAAAUUGUUUGUUUAGCACGUUAAGUACAAAAAAAGAAAAUAUUAAAUUAAAGAAAUUAAAACUUAGGCUGCCGGUUGCACAUGACUGUUUUGUAACAAUAGUGGUUUGCCUUUUUUUUUCUGUUUUUUAAACUCGGCAGCAAAGUGUUUUGCGUUUCACAUUAUUUCGCCAAGCGUAACCAAGUGUAAACUUUAAAGUUAUUUGAUCUAAUAUUUUCAUUUUAUACCGUGUAUGCGUAUGUGUUUAGUAAACACAAAAAACUUAAGAAUUACAGUAAGUGUAUAGCUUAUAUGAAAAGAAAAAAAAUGUCUUCAAAUAGCAAAAUAGAUGUAACCAUGACGGCCACCAAUAGCAGCAAUAAUAAUAAUAGCAACAGUCAUUUGAAAGUGGAACAACAUUCUAAACCUAUAUUAAGCCCUACACGUUCCCUAGAUGAAGGCUUUGAAAGUGAUCCGGAUCGCAUUUCAACUGAUUCAGAGCAUCAAACAAGUGGAACGUUAGGUAACAAUAGCAGCAAUAGUAGCAAUAAUAGUAACAAUAGCAAUAGUCAUGUUAAACAACAGCAGCAAUUUAACAUUGGUUCCAAUUUGGCGCAAUUGUCAUCAGCAGCUACUGGAGGUUUAUCGGCCGCUCAUCCAAGUGAACUGCCGUCAUCUUCAACGCCAGUUGGACACAAAGGUGGUAUGGAUUUAACAAAAAAUUCCAGGUUGUUGACAAUAGGAGCACCGCAGAUUAUAAGACGUCAACAAAACAUCAUGUCAGUACAACAGCAGCAAUUACAGUUGUUAGAUAAAUUUUAUAAAGACCGAAGAAUAUCUAAUGAUGGCAAGUUUUUAAUACAAAUGAACGACAACAGCAACAGCAGUAGCAAUAAUAAUAAUAACAAUAAUAAUAAUAAUAAUGCCGUCAGUAUGCAAAACAGCACACGUGCUACGUUGUGUGCAGCAAAUACAGUUUCAACGUUGACAGCUGGCACAACAACUUCUUCGAGCAAUGCUGGCAAUGGUUCGCCAUCUGCUACGGUGCAACGUCUACAAUAUCAAAAGCAGCGUCAACCUAUGGUAGCGUCUGCUGCCGGUCAUCAGUCAGUGCACAAUCAUCGCUUUACGCCGGGCGGAAGUGGCAAUAGUAACAGUGGUUUCCGUAGAGCUAGAACUCGUGCCUCAUCUCCUUCGAUGCUUAAGACGAGCAGUACAUUAGCAAAUGUAGCUUCAUCUGCUGUUACAACUGGUUGUCGUAAUGGUAUGAUGGUAUUGCCGCAACGCAAUGCUGGAUAUCGUUCACAUUCAGUUGAUGCUAUAACACGUCAACGUCAUGGCUAUGAUCCCAGCACUGCACUGAUAUUGAAACAUGAGGGUUCAGGUACAACAUGCACGGCGACUACAACCACCCGGAUGCAGCAUUACAUAUUCCCAAACAGUGCGGCAGCUGGACAAUUAGCAGCCGGGGCUUCAGCCACCUCCGCCCUAUUGGUGCAACCUAUUUCAAGCGCCACUUUGGCCUCUAGUGCUAAUGUCCUACCAACAACCACAAAUUUAUUAAACACAACAAAUGUCGGAGAUGCCACUGCUGCUUUAGUAGCAGCAGCUGGUGGAUCACCGGUAAUCGCUUCGUCUACCAACAGCUUAUAUACAUUUUAUCCCGCCGAGGGUAACUUACAAGUAUGGCAGUCAGAAUGCGGUGAUCUUAACUAUAAAUCAUCGCGCAAUCUUCAACCACACAAGGCACCAGUUUGUUGGACUCAGUCGAUACCAAGGCAAACAAGACGUUACAUAAGUCCUGCAACGACACCUUCGUCGAAUAGCCACAACACAACUAGUCCCUUGUACCCUUCAACUGCCGGACAGAUUUAUCGUUUACAUCCAGUAACAAGUUUAUCUGGCUAUUCCGACGUUAUUGAUUGCAAUGCUAUCUUAUUAUCACCGACAACGGCGACUGUUAACGGCGGGGAUAAUGCCGGGAAUCCUCCAACCAGUGGCUUUUCACAGCGUCUACGUGAAUUAGCGGCAUCAGCCGGCUUACUAUCGCUCAAGCCUCGUACACCUUUAAAGCCAGUUAUAAAAACUCGAGGUUCACCGGGACCAGAGUUCCCGAAAAAAGUUACAUUUAGUGCUUUUACAACGGUUCAAGUAGUGUGAUUUUUAACUGCCGCCUUAAACUGCUCAUGGAGUAAUAAGUUAACUAUAGAUGAAAACGUUUAAGUAGCUUUAAAUAAAGAUAUUUGCAGUGACUACUUUUUUGAAGAGCUUUGCUGUCAACCGUUGUUCACUCGGAUGUAUGUUGGUAACCGCAGUUAACCGUAUUGUUGUUAUGUUCGUAAUUAUUCGAAAGAAAAAAAAAAAAGAAAAGCAAUUUAUUAAUUGUUACAUUUUUGCAUGUGUAACUUCAUACGCAUAAAUGGGUUGUUAUUAUUUAAUUGUAAUUAGUAAUGAUUAAUUGAAAAACUAACAAAUAAUUGUGAUUAUUCCUCAAUUGUGUCUAUGUAAAGUAACUGUCAAGCAAGAAAUAUUUGCCUUGAGGCGAAUAAUGGGUAUCCACCAUCUAAGAUAAAUACUCUUUACAAACAACAUACCACAUUUUAAUCAAGCAAUAAGUUCGCGAUGCACUUACCAUAACUAAUUUGUUGCGGACCUAGCGACAUAACGAUCGUUAAAAAUUUUUUUCUUAAUUUACUGCAUUCUUAUAUGUUUGGGUGCCGCAGUCCCUUUGUAAACUUGCAUCAUUUACGACGUCUAAGAAAAUGUUUGCUACCUUAUUCCACGACAUAGUCUGUUUCAUUUUUCUCAAGCCCAUCAAAAUAUGUUCGUUUCCUGGAGUAUCCUCUUGAAAUUUGUAAAAGGAUAAUAAUUAGCGAUUUAUGUUGAAAAACCCCUUACAUUAAAAAAAUUUCAAUUUUUGAUUCUAAGUAAUAGUAUUUGUACAUACUACCGAUGUGAAAAAUUUCGGU